AACUUCCUCAACCUCAAUGAGAGUAAGACAGAGAUCAUUGUUUUUGGCAAAUCAUCAACGGGCUUCUCCACCGAUGCCCUGGGCCCUCUCGCCUCUAACAUCAGGCCUUCUGUCAGAAAUCUUGGCGUGAUUUUUGACAGUGCCUUCAUGUUCAAGCAGCAGGGAAGAUUGUCAUCGGAACGUAUGUUGAGAUGCAGCGCAGUGAUGGACGUAUACACCAGGCAAUGGUGACCUCGCUGAAUGAGGACAACAACAGCAUCACUGUGGAGUGGAUAGAAAAUGAAGACACAAAAGGGAAAGAAAUUGACUUGGAGAGUAUAUUUGCACUUAACCCAGAUGUGAUAGUCCAUUGUCCAGACACUCCAACCUCCACUACACCCACGUGUGUGAAGAUCAACAAAACCGCAAAGAACAGACGGACGAUAACACCUACUAAGAAUGACAGUCCGUCCGGGAAUAAUAGAGUGAUUCUGACCCGGGCCAGACCCCAGCAGCCUGCACAGCCAUAUCAAGCUCAGACACAACAGCGGCUGCAGAAUGCAGGGAGGAAGUCAAACUGUGUGAAGGAGGUGGAGAAACUGCAAGAGAAGAGAGAGAGGCGUCGGCUCCAGCAAAAGGAUCUCAGGGAGAGGAGAGCUCAGGAGGGGGACACCACCAUUCCUAACUAUGAGAUGAUGUACAUGAUCCAAGAUUUCCGAGCCAAUCUAGACAACGGGCCCCUGACCACAGCAGAUUUGAUUGACAAGCACAGAAUAUGUGUUUGUGUGAGGAAACGUCCACUCAACAAAAAAGAGUUGGCUAUGAAGGAUAUGGAUGUGAUCACCAUUCCCAGUAAGGAUGUGGUGAUGGUCCAUGAACCUAAACAAAAAGUGGACCUAACCCGCUACCUGGAGAACCAGACCUUCCGCUUCGACUAUGCUUUUGAUGACAGCACCACCAAUGAGAUGGUUUACAGGUUCACUGCCAGACCUCUAGUGGAGACCAUUUUUGAGAGAGGCAUGGCCACCUGCUUUGCCUAUGGACAGACGGGCAGUGGAAAAACACAUACCAUGGGUGGAGAUUUCUCUGGGAAGAACCAAGAGUGCUCUAAAGGAAUUUAUGUAUUCGCUGCUCGGGAUGUAUUUACCAUGUUGAAGAAACCCAACUACAAGAAGUUAGAUCUUCAAGUGUGUGCAACUUUCUUUGAAAUCUACUGUGGAAAGGUGUUUGACAUGCUGAAUUGUAAAGCUAAGCUGAGGGUUCUGGAGGACGGGAAACAGCAAGUUCAGGUUGUGGGGCUUCAGGAGAAGGUGGUUAAGUGCACAGAGGAUGUCCUGAAACUCAUAGAAGUUGGCAACAGCUGCAGAACAUCAGGGCAGACGUCAGCCAAUGCGCACUCCUCUCGUAGCCAUGCUGUUUUCCAGAUCAUUCUUCGGAGGAAGGGGACGGUGCACGGCAAGUUCUCCCUAAUCGACCUUGCAGGAAACGAGAGGGGGGCAGAUACAUUGAGUGCCGAACGCCAAACACGCCAAGAGGGAGCUGACAUCAACAAAAGCCUUCUGGCACUGAAGGAGUGUAUCAGGGCUCUUGGCCGUAACAAGCCCCACACUCCAUUCAGAGGCAGUAAGCUGACCCAGGUCCUGAGAGACUCCUUCAUUGGGGAAAAUUCACGCACAUGUAUGAUUGCAACUAUCUCUCCUGGCAUGACAUCCUCUGAGAAUACACUCAACACACUACACUACGCCUACAGGGUCAAGGAGCUGAGGAUGGACCCCAACCAAGAGAUGGAGGGGGGUCGACCCAACAUCCACGCUGUCAAUCAGUUGGAUCUUUUGGACGAGGAGUGGCUGAAUAUCUUGCCGCAGAGAGAUGGCCUUAAACUACUCUGUGAGCAGGAGGUGUCUCCCCAGCUAUUUACCUUCCAUGAGGCAGUGUCUCAGUUAGUGGAGAUGGAGGAGCGGGUCCUGGAGGACCACCAAGCUGUUUUCCAAGAAUCAAUCCGGUGGCUGGAGGAUGAAAAGGUGCUGCUGCAGAUGACAGAGGAGGUGGAUUAUGACGUGGAGUCAUAUGCCAAUCAACUGGAGCAGACCCUAGACCAGAAGAUAGAUAUGCUCACCAAGCUCCGAGGUAAAGUUAAGUCAUUCCGCUAUGCACUUCAAGAGGAGGAGAAAGCAAGUAAGAAGAUCAAUCCCAAGAGGACACACGCUCUUUAG